CAUAGUAGCGUCGCACCGUUCCUGACGCCCACAAUCUCCCCGACAAGCCAAGAGUGGAGAACCGGGGUUUUGAAACCGGUGACACGCGAACAUGCCCCAGUCCGUAUCCACGCCCGCUCUGCGUCUAACGCAGCAGCCGUUAGGAGAUCGGAGCGGAGGGCCGAGCGACAUACCAUUAUAUUUGAUUCCACAAGCCCCCACAAGUUCAGUAACCCCUUGCGACGCCUGACAGACUCUCCGACUUCAUCCUCAAUAUGCGUUAUCCAUCCCUUUUUUCCGUGUUGGCGGCGACGACCUGCGCAAUUGCAGCCUCGGUGCAGACCGUGCCGGACGAACUGGCUACGGUUGGAGACCCGUCGGUGAUUCUGAGUGUCUCGUAUGCUGUUAGGUCCACGGCCGUGAAAGUCACCCCCGGCGUGAACCUGAACUCCUCCAUCACUCACAAUGCGCCCACCGUGCAUCUGAACGAGACCACCCUCAGCGGCAGCGGACCCUACCUCUUCAUGAUGGUCGACCCGGACAUCAACAGGACCAACCCGCUGUACGUGGGCAUGCACACUAUGGUCGUCAAUCUGACCACGAGCGGCAACACGAGCACCGAGGACGCGAUCUGCACGUACUUCUACCCGGAGCCCACGGCGGGGGCGGCGCACAAUUACACUUUCUUGCUGUUCGAGCAGCCAGCCAACUUCACCGUGUCCAGGCAGUUUUCGCCGUACCUGGCGACCACCGCGCAGACCCCCUACAACCGGGUCAACUUCCCGCUGGUACAAUUUAUCAAGGAGGCGGCCUUGGGGGGGCCCGUCGCGGCCAAUUUCUUCCGGGAGGCUGCGGAGAGUAAUUCGACUGCGACGAGCUCGGGUGCCAGCACCACAACCACUGCCAACAGCACGGCCACGGGGAGCGCAGCGACCAGCAGCAGCACCCAGGAGGGGGCGACUACCAAGGUGGGUCAGAGUGGUUCUUAUCUGAUGAGUAUGGUGGUGGUGGGUGCGUUGAUGGUGGCAGUAUGAUUGCCGGUGAGGGGUGUGGGUGGUCCGACUGUGGC